AUGUUCCACCGCCAAGACUAUUUUUGCAAAAUUAGCAGGAUCGAACUCUGUCCAGUCGAACAUAAAGUCAACAUGGCCGAUUCUCAGGUUACUCUGCGCACGCGCAAGUUCAUCCGCAACCCCCUCCUCGGACGUCGCCAGAUGGUCGUCGAUGUCCUCCACCCCAACCGCGCGAACGUUUCCAAGGACGAACUCCGUGGCAAGCUCGCUGAGCUCUACAAGGCCAAGAAGGACGAUGUCUCAGUCUUCGGCUUCAAGACACACUUUGGUGGUGGCAAGAGCACUGGCUUCGCGCUCAUCUACGACUCCAACGAGGCCAUGAAGAAGUUUGAGCCCCGCUACAGGCUAGUAAGAUAUGGCAUGGCCACCAAGGUCGAGAAGGCCAGCAGGCAGCAGCGCAAGCAGCGCAAGAACAGGAUGAAGGAGUUCCGCGGAAAGGCAAAGACCACGGGUGGUGCGAAGAAGGACAAGAAAUAA